AUGAGAAAGUGGGUCAGAGAUAGUUUUGCAUGUGGGUCUGCGACCCUGGUGUCGCCGGACACCCCAGCCAAUCUGACACACAUAGCUUCUUCUCUUAAUAAUUCCCCCCACCACUUUCCAUUUGAAUCCCUCCUCCUCCUAUAUAUCUGUCUGCUUGAAAGGGGUUCGCACGUGUACAGCUCGAUAUUUAUUGAUAAUUUGCUACGUGCGCACCAAGACUAG